UCCUCGACGUUCCUGCCUCCAGGUGCGCCGGAUCACGGCAGCCUGUAAAACAUCAUUCCGGCGCCGGCUCUCCUAUCCACCCCAAAUUCAUCCGUCCUUGGUGCUUCUUAGACUCGAGCAGACAAGAUGUGGCGGCGGCAGCAUGCUCUUCUACGCCGCAUCUCGCCGGCGAACAUGUCUCCGGCGGCGUGGGUCGGUGGCGCGGCGAGCUACCAUGGCUCCUCGCCGGAGAAAAGGAAAGGAAAAGCGUCUCCUUUGCAGGCGCGUGGGAUGGUGGACAGGUUCAGGCUGCGUGCCAAGGGUGGCGACGGCGGGAAUGGCUGCAUCAGCCAAAGGCGCUCCAGGUCCGACCGACUAGGCAGGCCUGAUGGUGGCGAUGGAGGGACAGGUGGCAAUGUCAUUCUUGAGUGCUCAAGGUCUGUCUGGGAUUUCAGUAACUUGCAACAUCACACGAAAGCAACCCGAGGAGGCAAUGGACUUUCUAAGAAACAGAUAGGGACAAGAGGUCCUGACAAGGUCGCACAAGUACCAAUUGGCACAGUGAUUCAUCUAGUCCGAGGAGAACCACCUUCUUUCACUGUAAAUGCACCUACCAGAUCUCUAGAUCCCUGGGAUAUCCCAGAUGCUGCAGAAGACUCUGCAGACAGUUCCAAUCAGAAGAACAACAAGGAUAUCAUUUAUGGAAAUGAAGCUGAAAGAGGAAUUAACAAUCAAUGGGAGAAGAAAACAUACACUAGUUCAUGCUCCAAGACUGGGUUUUCGAACGCGGAAGAUUUUAAUGCAAGUAACACUCAAUAUCAGGUGGAGAUGGAUGAAAAGGAUCAGUCUGAUGAGGACGAUGGAGAAUUUUGGGAGGAUGAAGAUGAGACAGAGGAAGAGGAUGAAGAUGAAGAUGCAGAUGCAGAUGAGGAUAGGGAAGAAGAAGAAGAUGACAUACAGUAUUCUGUUGCUGAAAUGACAAGAGCUGGGCAGCGGUUGAUUGUAGCACGAGGAGGGGAGGGUGGGCUAGGGAAUGCUUCUAUUGGCAACGAUGUGCGCCUAUCCAAAGGAGAUAGACAACAGAAGAUAGCCCGUUUGAGUGCUGGAGAACCAGGAACAGAGACCUUUCUUGUAUUGGAGCUGAAGAGCAUUGCUGAUGUUGGCCUUGUUGGGUUGCCUAAUGCCGGAAAGAGCACAUUGCUGAGUGCUCUCUCCAAAGCUCGCCCGGAGAUCGCUGACUACGCAUUCACAACACUGAGGCCCAAUAUUGGUAGCCUAACCUACGACGACUACUUCUCAGUGAAAGUGGCUGACAUACCUGGUCUUAUCAAAGGUGCCCAUGAGAACCGGGGCCUGGGCCAUGCCUUCUUGAGGCACAUUGAGCGCACCAAAGUUCUGUCCUAUGUGCUUGACCUGGCGGCAACACUCAACGGCAGGAAGGGUAUCCCACCAUGGGAGCAGCUGCAUGAUCUGGUCGUGGAACUAGAGCAUUACCAAGAAGGCUUGACCAAGCGCCCAUCGUUGAUAGUCGCAAACAAAAUAGAUGAAGAGGGAGCGGAUGCAAUGUAUGAAGAACUGAAGAGGAGAGUGCAGGGUGUUCCGAUAUUUCCAGUGUGUGCCAUCUUGCAAGACGGUGUACCUGAUCUGAGAGUUGGCCUCCGGGACCUUAUGGAUGCCUCAGCCCCGCAGGGCGUUGAUUUGAGUAAAAUCAUUGUAGACUAAAAGACUGUUUUUUCCUUGAGAUACUGACACGGUGGAAUUGUUCUCCAAAAAAUCCGCCCUAAGCGCUAUGUGCUUACAGUUGCAAUAAGAUCUAUGUUCCCAAA